CAGUUAAAAAGAAGCAUGGGAAGUUCCUCAUCCAUGACUGUCUCAGUGACCCUUCAUUCCUACUUCCCCUUCUGUUCAUGCAAAGCAGAAGCACUAACACAUGAGGGCUUUAAAAGAGUGCUACAUACCUGGUGUUGGCUUUAUUCUUUGGCAUUAUCAGCUGCGAACACUGUCGACACCAUGGAUCUGAAGGACUCUACGGUCAAGGGAGGCGUGCUGAUCCUCCACCAGUUCCACGAAGGAAAGCACCAGUAUAAAGUGGAAAAUGUGGUGAAGUACAAAAAAGCGAGUGGAGAAAAACUGUUUGUCAGGAGGGGAGACAAACUGAUGCAGAUAAACGGCGUGGACCUGCAGGAUCUGACACCUGAGGAGUUGGCAGAAAUGUUAGCUAAGGGUAAUCCAAUGCUGACUGUGCACAAGGCUGGCAGGAUGAAGCCACACACUGAGCAACCCUCCCCAGCAGAGGACACUUUACAUCCCGUCUCCAAGGAGUCCACUCUUCUCAGUUUCAGCAUGGAGAUGAGGAGGGAGGAAGACUUGGAGGAUAAUGAAGUGGGGCAGGACAGCGAAGGAAGGGAGGAUCUGGGUAUAGAGGAGGAUGUUUGCAAAGCUGAAAAUGAGCAGAAUGGGGAGGGUAGUGGUCUUUUAAUUGUUUCCAUGACAAAAACCAGCAUCUCUGUGGUGAGAGGGAGAGGCUGCGAUGUUGGAAGCCCCUGUCAGGGAUGUCAUGGGACUGGAUGCACGUUUAACGAUGUCGUAGUGACAGCAGAAACAAGCACAGUGACACUUGUUCCAAGAGGAAGUUUCAAACAGGAAAAGCCGUCAAUUGUUUCAAUUGAAAACGUGGCCACACACAAAUACAUCCGAAGUCUCUGUUCUCAGAAGACUGUCUAUGCUUCACCAAAUCCAGAGAGGAUCACCAUCUACUCCUACAAGUCAAACGUUGUGGAAAAGUUUUUCAGAGGAAUGCCGGUGGUCCUAAACUUUACAGAGUCCAACUGCUUCCUCAGGUGCUGCAAGGAAGGGGGGCAGGUGCUCCUAAAAGUGGAGACGUGUGAAAAGCAAAGGCUGAAGCAGAUCUCCAAGAGCGAUGAGAGCACCCUCUCCUUCGUCUUCUACAUGAAGGCAGACAGGUCAAAACAGCGGAGGUUUGAAUCAGCGGUGCAUCUCGGCUGGUUCAUCCAUAUCGCCAACACAGACUUAGUGGAAAUGGGAACGCUGGAAGGAAGGACGGAAGAGCAUUUCCUCUUUAUCAUUCAGAAGUGAUGGAGAGUCACUUUCUCCAGAAGUAUUCUCAGUUCUCAGUCAAGUCAGUUUAACAUUUAAAAUUCAGAAUUUUAUUUGGGACUUGAAGAUGAUAUUAAACAAAAAACAAAUACAUAAGAGGAGCUCUUUUGUUUGAGCCACCUGGUCCAGUGACAGGAACUGAUGUCGCUGUGUCAUAUUCUGCUAUUGCAGAAGCGCGUAGAUAUGUAUCAUAUGACUCUAUAUUUUUCACAUUAUGUUAUUUGUAUGUGUAUAUGUGGUUCAGACUUUUGAUGUCAUUUGUUGUUUUGUUUUCUUAUUGUUUUUGUUUUUUACAAGCAUGAAUAUUUUGUGUUCAAGAUGCAACUUUAAUUAAAAAAUGUAUAUGUUCAAAAUAUAAAAAAACAAGGUGAUGUGAUAAUAACUUUAUUGAACAUUUUCAAAUGUACAUUAUUAAGAGAAUUUGUGAACAAGCAUACAGUAUGAGAUAAACUAAAAACAUGAGCCUGAACAUUAGACAUUGAUUGACUUCUUAAUAACUGGUUUGUUGGCAAUGUUUUAUACUAGCAUUGUUUAGUAAUUGAACACUUUCUUAUUAAUUGUAUGUUUUCUUAUGCACCUGUCGACCAGAUGUGCAACAACAGCAACACCAUUAAAUUAGAUAUUUUAACACAAGUAAAAGUAUCAAAUAGUAUUACAAAAAUGUUUGACCAUGAAAGCCUUUUACAGCAUAUAAAAUAUUAAAAAUAAUAAUAUGGACAAACACAAUUUUUUCCCUCUUGAUCAAAUAUCCUGAAUUAGAAUUGAAUACUUAAAAAUCCACAUCACAACAGCUAGAGGAAAGGUAGGACAUUUUGUAAAUC